AUGCUAUCGGCCAGCCCAUCCCCUGAGGAAUACCGACCAGAGACAGGAACCCCGGCUGAAUGUCGCAUAAGCUUCUUCUGGGACAAGACAAAUGGCAAAGGAACGAGGCAGCAUAACGCUCCAAUGCUGCCUUUGCUGGUGGUGGUGCUGAUUGGCCAAAUUCGGAAACGGCUCGUCGUCACAUCGUCAACUGGAACCUAA